AUCAAGACGGAAUUUCCAAAAGAAUCAUAAUAAAAAAAUUGUCUGGAUAAUCGAAUUUUAUAUUCUGUAAACAACGUGUUCCGGUUUUCUAUUUUUGUGUUCUUACGGGUAUAUAAAGAGAAAGAAAAGGAGGGUUUAACUUGAAUUAUCUGGUUUUAUCAACACCAGGUGGUGUAAACUAAUGAUGUUUGGUAAAUGAAGAGGUUGUGAAUCAUAUUAAAAGUCAGGAUGAGUUGUCUUGAACAACAAGAGGAGGAGAUUGAAGUAUUAGAAUCUAUUUAUGAUGGGGAUGAGAAUUUUAAAAAAGUCAACACAACUACGUAUCAAUACAAGUAUGGAGCAGACGGGGAUCACAGAUCCUUUAUGAUAGAGAUAAAAUGGGGUGAGAAUUACCCAGAAUCUUCCCCUGAUAUAAAUCUAGAUCUUUUCUACAAUAAACACAUAUUAGAGGAAGUAAAAACUACGAUAAUGAGCCACCUCAAACAGCAAGUGGAGGAUUUAUUAGGUACCUGUAUGACUUAUUCGUUAUUUGAUUCUGUGAAGGAUAAUCUGGACUCCUUAAUAUCUGAUCAACCAGACACUCCAACAGUUAUCCAGAUAGAGAAAGUAGAUCAUGGAGUUACUUCCCCUGAAGAUGCUCCAAAGAAAAAAGAGAAAAAAGAACAGUUAACAAAAGCCCAAAAGCGGAGAAUAAUGGAUAAAUUUGGUUCAGAGACUGAUCGGCCGAGAGGCUGGGAUUGGGUGGACGUUGUUAAACAUUUAUCACAGACAGGUGGCAAACAUUCCUAGCAGACGUCAGAUUGUCUAGGCAUAAUUAACAUUUUAUAAUUUAAAUAUCAUCUAGGCAAUAUUGUAAAUAUGUGAUUGGAUAAAACCGAUGUUAAUACACUAUGUUAUGAUGAAUGAAAUUAUGGGCUGGGGAUAAGAUGUGCUGGGGAUAAGGAAAAUUGAAAUGAAACGAAGAUGUUGAAACCGAUUUGAAAUAAUAUCUGGGUUCUAGUUUAAUUAAACAGCAUUAUGUGAGAGCUAAUAGGCUUUCCUGAAGAACAAGAAUUCAUUUUGAGGUGGCCUUAAUGCUGGACCGGAUUUAAACAUAAAAAUUAAACAUACAUUAUACAACAGCUAAAUCUGCUUAUUGCAGGUCUUUCUUUAGGCCUGAAAUGUUAUAUAAAUUAUUAAUUAGACAUUUAUUAACAUGACAAUGAGUCAAAUAUAUAAAGAAAUUAUAACAACAUAAUUGCCUCAUAUCUGUAUUAGUGCAUUAGCUUGAUAACGUUGAGAGAAACAGGGUCGAAAUGUUGCCUUAAAUACAGUAAUAGCUGUUUACAAUAAGUAUGUGUUUUUACUCUAUCCAGUUGAAACGUCACCUUAAAGGGACAAUAACACUCUUGCUGGCUUGAAAGCUCCAGAAAAUAAAUAAUAUCUCUAUCUAAGUACUAGAUGUUUAAGUGUCCUACCUGUUGUGUAAAUUAUCCAUUACAUCCUAUUUUACUUGCCCAGAGGGUUCGAAAAUAUUAUAAAAUCGAAGUUUCAUUUGAAAAGGUUUACGUUAGACGUUUCAAACCAUUAUGUUGAAUUUUUCAAAAUUUUUAAAUAAGGUGUGUUAAGAUGAAAUUUGUAUCAUCAAUUAAUUGAAAUAUUCUAAAAUAGCACAAUUUGUUGACCAGAAUAAAGAUUGGGACAUAUUAUUCAGUUACAACAAGAGUGGUAUUGAGCCUUUAAAGUUACAAUUUCAUAUUGUUAAGUUAUAUUUUUAAAAUGUAUUAAAAUAAAUCCCUAAAAUAGAUGGUAUCUAUAAACAGUCCUACCCUGUUAAAGAAUAAUCCUAUUAAUCCUAUAAUUCACUAUUGCCAGUUGAGAAAUUGGCAAAAAUAUCAUUUUCAACUUCAAAUUCAAACGUUUGAAGAUAGCUAUUCCAUGGUGGGGAAUAGGGAAACAAGGGAGGUAAUUGGGAGGUAAUUGUGUUAUUAUUUCCGGUGUGAAGAUUUUUAAGUGUGAGAAUGACACCUAUGAUUGUAUAAUAAUGAGUUGACAACCUAUUGAGCAAAAGACAUAGAAAUAAUUAUGUUUUGACUUCCCUAGAAAAUAUGAAAUUGUAACUUUAAAUACAGUAACAGCCGUUUUUAAUUAUGUACUUAUCUUUAAAGUUUCUGAUCAUUUAUAUCGUCCACAGACGAGGCUGAAUGUUGCAAAAUUUUCAGUUCAACAUAUCUUAGUAAAUACUGAAAGGAGUUGAACCAUUUUUGGACCAAUAUUCCAUUCAGAGGUUCAACUUUUGUGGUUUUUAAGAGCUUCCUGAAUUCCUUAAUUUACAUGUAUAUAGAUGUUUAAAUAAAAUAUUUCCAUUGAA